AUGCCUAUCGGUGACGCCGGUGAAGUUCAAGCCGUUGGCUUGGACCCUGCUCUCAUUGACGCCUCUGGCGACCCCACGCGCAAGCACCCCGAGCUUCACACGACUGCUGCGCCAGCCUACCUCCACUCCGAGGGCAAGGCCACGCUUCAAGACAGCUACAUCGACGAAGCUGAUGACUUCCCUACCGACGAGGAGCUUGCCACGCUUCGUCGUGUGCCCGCCAGGAUCCCAUGGAAGAUUUUCACUAUCGCUUUUGUCGAGCUCGUUGAGCGUAUGAGUUACUACGGAACCAUUGCUGUAUACUCCAAUUUCAUCGCCAAGCCCCUCACUACUCCUACUGGAGCCGCCCUCGACCCUGAUUCGGAUAAAGCUCAACCUGGUGCUCUCAAUCUCGGCAAGCAAGUCGCCUUCAGUCUGACCACCUUCAACGCCUUCUGGGUCUACGUCUGCCCUCUUUUUGGAGCAUGGAUCGCUGACACCUACCUUGGUCGAUUCAAGACCAUCCUGUACUCUGUCUUGGUUGCUGAAGUUGGUCACUUGAUCCUUGUUGCCUCAGCUGCGCCUAAAGUUCUGGAAAACUCGAAAACGUCACUCGGUGUUUUCAUUCUCGGACUCAUCAUCAUGGGUCUUGGAACUGGAACUUUCAAGCCCAACAUCGCCCCCCUUAUCGCCGAGCAGGUUCCUCAGGAGAAGAUGCGUGUUGAGACUCGCGGCACUGAGCGUGUUAUUGUUGACCCUGCCGUCACUGUCACCCGCAUCUACAACUGGUUCUACUUCUUCAUCAACAUCGGUGCCUUGGUUGGUCAAAUCAGCAUGGUCUACGCUGAGCGAUACGUCGGUUUCUGGCUCGCCUACCUGAUCCCUACCAUCAUGUUCAUCGUCGCUCUUCCCGUACUCAUCUUCUGCAAGAAAUUCUACAUCCUCCGUCCCCCGAGUGGUAACGUCAUGGGCCCUGCUUUCAAGCUCCUCUUCAAAGCUCUUGGACGCGGUUUCAGCAUCAACCCGGUCAGGACAUACAAGAACUGGAACGAUGGUAGCAUGUGGAAUGCUGUCAAGCCCUCCGUUCUCGGCGCGGCCGCACCAAAGUGGUAUAACUUCGAUGACGCCUGGGUUGACGAGGUUGCUCGUGGUUUCGCUGCCUGCUCCGUCUUCUUCUGGGUCCCCAUCUUUUGGCUUGCAUACCGUCAGAUGGACUCCAACCUGACCCAGAUGUGCGCCACCAUGAAGCUUGGUGGUGUUCCCAAUGACAUUCUCUCCAACCUCGACCCCAUCGCCAUUAUCAUUAUUGUGCCCAUCAUGGACUCCCUCGUUUACCCCUUCCUUCGCAAGCGCGGUAUCCGCUUCACACCCAUCAAGAAGAUCACCGCUGGUUUCAUUCUCGGAGCCUUCGCCAUGGUCUGGGCUGCGGUUCUCCAGCAUUACAUCUACAAGACUUCCGGAUACUACGAGACCCACGACCCUGACUACUCCACUGAUAUCACCGUCUGGGCCGUCACCGGUGUCUACGUCCUCAUUGCCAUCUCCGAGAUCUUCGCUUCCGUCACUACCCUGGAGUACGCUUUCACCAAGGCGCCCAAGAACAUGAGGUCGCUCGUCCAGUCCGUCCAGCUCUUCACUACUGCCUUCUCUGCCGCCAUCGCCCAGGCUUUCACCCCUCUUACCGCCGACCCCCACAUCGUCUGGAACUACGGAAGUGUGGCCAUCAUCUCUUUCGUCACCGGUAUUGCCUUCUUCUUCGCCUACCGCACCAUGGACAAGCAAGAAGACCAGCUCAACUUGCUGCCUACUGGUCACCUUGGUACGGAGGCUCAGGCUACCGAUAUCGAGAGGCGCCAGAGCGUCAACGAGGAGAGGCGCGCUAGCCUUACUGCUCAAGAGAAGAUCUAA